GCCCUAAUGUGGCUCGUCAGAUGACGCGGUUUGUCCAGAGCAGGAAGUCUUGUUUUCGGCGGCGUGUGGGUCAUUUACGGUCCGGAGCUACACAUCGCCGUCAUGGAUGAUGAAGAAGAGACUUACCGCCUGUGGAAAAUUCGGAAGACGAUAAUGCAGCUGUGCCAUGAUCGAGGAUACCUGGUGACCCAGGAUGAGCUGGAUCAGACUCUGGAUGAGUUUAAGAGCCAGUUUGGAGAUAAACCGAGUGAGGGUCGCCCCAGGCGGACUGACCUGACCGUGCUGGUGGCUCACAACGACGACCCCACCGACCAGAUGUUCGUCUUCUUUCCCGAGGAGCCCAAAGUGGGCAUCAAGACCAUAAAGAUGUACUGCCAGCGGAUGCAGGAGGAGAACAUCACCCGUGCCAUCAUUGUGGUCCAGAUGGGGAUGACUCCUUCUGCCAAACAGUCAUUGGUGGACAUGGCACCCAAAUAUAUCCUGGAGCAGUUUCUACAGCAGGAGCUGCUUAUCAACAUCACAGAGCACGAGCUUGUUCCUGAGCACAUUGUGAUGACAAAGGAAGAAGUGGCCGAGCUGCUAGCAAGAUAUAAGCUGAAGGAGAGCCAGUUACCCAGGAUUCAAGCUGGAGAUCCAGUGGCUCGAUAUUUUGGAAUCAAACGAGGACAGGUGGUGAAGAUCAUCAGGCCCAGUGAAACUGCAGGUCGAUAUAUCACAUACCGACUUGUACAGUAGGGCCGCUGUGGUUAUCUGUCAGGAAUGUGGAUAGUCCUUAUUUUUGAACAUACUUGGGCGUAUGGUUGUAUGAACCAACAUGCUUUUGGAGUCGAGACAGAUGGCAGUGCCUGGGACUUUUUUUUCUUCUUUUUUAAAAUGUAGUAAUAUUUUAAUUCAUUUCUUUGUCUUUGUGAAAACUGUUCAAUUAAACUUGUUUUUCUGACAAA